AUGGCAGACACGGAACCAAAAAAAGAAGUGGUAGCCCCUACGAAUCCUCGGGGCAUCCCCUAUGCGCCGUUCGUCGACAAAGUAGAGGACUAUGUCACAUCCCGAGCGGAUGUUGAGAAGACAUUGAAAAAGUUCCAAGAGAUGAUAUCGAAAUAUCAGUUCAUGGAGUCGAAUCAACAACGGCGGGCAAUAGGGCUAAAGGAGAAGAUGCCAGAAAUCAAGAAGACGCUUGAUAUGGUACAAUUCCUGAAGACAAGAAAGCCAGGCUCGGACCCAAUCGAAACAACGUUCGAGCUCAACGACACAUUGUAUGCUAAGGCUCAUGUACCGCCGACGGAAGAGGUCUAUCUUUGGCUGGGAGCGGACACCAUGCUAUCAUACCCGAUCGUUGAAGCAGAGGAGCUUCUCACUACAAGGCUAGCUACUGCAAAGCAGAAUCUGGCCAACUGUCUGGAGGAUCAGGAAUUCUUGAGGGAGCAGAUUACGACAAUGGAGGUUGCUACUGCUAGAGUAUACAACUGGGAUGUUACUAUGAAGAGGAAAGAGAAGAACGAGCAAGAAGCACUGGAUGAUGGAGAGAAGGGCACGCCAAACGGUUGA